UACUUUGUACAUUAUUUAUGGAGCAGUUCUUGUUACCAGCAUGUACACAACCUCUGUUAACCUUAGGAAGACUAAGGGUUUAACUGCUACAUUUCACAAUUUUGUAUAUUAGGGUUUGAGAAAAAGAUUAUAACAUGUUCUGGUCUGUUCUGAAAAUUUAAUCCUAUAGAUUGUUUGCUUGAUGUUUCAUGUUUGUUCUGUCCUGUCUACAGAGCUGAUGAACACACAUCUAUGGAAGCCAUUUUGAAUUCACUUUCUAAAAGCUUGAACCGGGAGGAAGUUGUUCGCUUCAAUAUAAUGCGUAAAAAUGUUUGGGAUGGAACCAAGCGGGCAAUGACCAGAGCUAACUUCUCCCCUUAUAAAAGAAUUGAUGUCAAAUUUACAGAUGACCUUGGUGUUUCUGAAGGAGCAGUGGAUCUAGGAGGGCCUAAAAGAGAAUUUUUCCGACUUGUUCUUUUGUAUUUGAAAGAAGAAAGUGGUAUUUUUGAGGGGCCAGAUGAAGCAAAAAUUUUAAGUUGCAACACUGAAGCUUUAAAGGCAAGUACGUACUUCCAUGCAGGUCAAAUUUUGGCAAUGACAGUAGUUCAUGGAGGACCACCCCCUUGCUUCCUUUCAAAAGUCUUGUAUGAAGCUUUAAUCAAGGGUCCAACUGAUGUUAGAGUUAAUAUUGAUCAUGUUUUUGACCAAGAAGUACAUGGACAACUGAAAGCAAUAAAUGAUGCUACCACAGAUGAAGACCUGUCUAAUUCUGUUGAGUUGGCUGCAAGCAUUCUGAGUCUCUCAGGCUGCUUCAAAAAAGUUGACCACCACAACAAGGGAGAUGUAGUUUUGGAUGUUGCUCAUUGGUAUGUUUUCCAGCGAACAAGAAGCAAUUUUGAAAGUUUUAAAGAAGGACUGGGAGCACUAGAGAUUUUAGAGGCCAUACAGCAUCAUCCAGAAGUAUUAAAAUCUGUGUUCACAAAUACGGGGAAAAAACUUACUGCAUCAGAUGUGGAAAACCUUUUCACAGUGUCAAUGUCUGAAAUCGGAAGCAAUCGUUUCCAACGAGAAAGCUGCACGGUUGGAUUCUGGAGAGAUUAUCUUCAAGAUGCUGAAUUUGAUCCUGAAGCAGUAUCUUUGGAAGAUUUGCUGAUUUUCAUCACUGGCAGCGAUAAAAUCCCUCCACUUGGAUUUUGCCCUACACCGUGUCUGGAAUUCUUGCAUGAUGGCUCAAGGUUUCCAUUGGCCAACACAUGUGAUAAUGUGAUCAGGAUACCUUUCAAGCAGUCUUUCUCAGAAUUCAAGAGCGAUAUGGAUUUUGGCAUCAAAAACUCUCCUGGCUUUGGAACAGCAUGACCUGCACUCUACUGUGUACAGUUGCUUGUUUUAGGAUCAUGAAAGUUACCAAAUUCAUAGUGUUCAGUGGUUGACUUUGUUCAUUUCACCUCCAAUUCUGCAUUUGUUAGCAACACCAGAAUAGAUUUGUUAAACUUUUCUAAUUGUGAAUGCAUUUUGCACUUUCUUGCAUCUUUUUCAAGUCCACUUAAACUUCUGAAAAUUUGUCUUGGU